AUGAGACCAAUCAACUACCUACCGAGACCUGACCUUUUGGUCUCGGUGUUUGCCUCCAUUUCAGUGUACGGUGGCCUGGCUAUGGCUCAAGAUACCAAGGAUGACCCCAAGAAUAAUGAUCCAUCUGCUAUUCCUGAGGCGACCGAUUCGAAGAAUAGCGAUGCCAAUAAACCCACCAAUACAGCCGCUGAGCCAGCUAGUACUGAGACGAAAGACAAUGCGAAGCCUGCGUCAACGAAAGACGAGCAGUCUUCCAAAACGGAGGAAAAAGAAGAGCCCAAGUCUACUGCGAAAGAUGACUCCAAGUCUACUGAGGAAGAGGAUCAGGCUAGUACUGCGACAGGAGAGGGUCCAACCAAAACCAAAGACAUUCAGUCCACGAUCACAUCCAUCGCUUCUUCUGGCACGGAAGAAGCUAUGCCUACCUUGACAAGAUACAAGCCAAUUCCGACUUAUCCAGCUCCUUCGGUUCCCCCUACUAACAACGCUCCUUUCAUGCGGCACUCGAGUGCCCCUGACGGUACCGUGUUUAUUGCAGUUGGUGCUAUCCUUGGCGCUCUUGGGCUCGCCAUCCUACUCUGGCGUCUUAUCGUUGGCAUCCUCCUGCAUCGGUCUGUUGAGCGAGCAGCCAAAGCCCAACAUAGCGAGAACGCAAAGACUGGCUUUCCUGCGCCCCCUGCACCUUUCUACAAAUAUACUGAUACCGGAUCGACAAUGUCUCUCUCUGCUGGUCGUGGCGUGCGACGAACCACCCGUGGACCUGUUCUAUCGUCAACUCCUAGUGCCUCCAAUCUGUUUUUCUCUCCAACUGCCGCAGCAUCAGGCAACGGGGCUGGCAAUCGUGGCUCUGCAUUUUUGCCAUCUGGUUUUUAUGCGGCUGGCACGAGCUCUCCCGGUGGCCAACAUGAGAAUAACAUCAGCAUGACCAACUUACGCCCUGAUUCACGCGGUCACUUUGGCACUCCUUCACGACAUACCUUGAAUCCAAGUCCUCCAGAUUCACCUUCAUUCCAAGGCCGAAGGGAUAUCAGUAACUCGACCCUCAAUCUCAAUCGACCACCAAGCCAACGCGCCCCUAGUGCGUUCCUCGAAGACCUUCUCGCUGACGAUCCUUCGAGUCUGCCACCUCCACAUAUGCCUGCCUCGACCGCCAGGCGCUCAUCCUAUGGCAGUGGCUCUCCUGGCGCGCACAACCGAAUCUAA